AUGUGGGGAGGUUGGGGCUCAGGUCAAAGUCUAACCAGGAUGAUAUCUGGGACUGUACCGACAUUAGCACGCCGUCCAAAUUCACUUUCUUAUCAAGGUUUCGUAGGUCGUGCAAAUAAUGCUGCAAAUCGCGACCCAAUCAAUAAAAUUCUAUCAUCUUUAGAUUACAAUUCAAUUUUAUCAUUAUAUGAUUCAUCUGGUCCGACUUCAAGCUUAAGAAAUAGGCCAAGUAUGAAUACUUUUGGAAUGGGACGAGGUGAUAGAGAAAUCUCAUCUAAUUUUACAUUUUAUCCACCCGAAGACAUAUUAAGCACCGAAUUACCAUCAAGUUUAGAAUUUAUUAACGAAAUCCAACAAAUCUUUCUUAAUUACGAUAGAAACAACUCAGAACAGACUCACAAACUCGUUGAAUUCAUCGAAACAUGCAUUUACACAGGUUUAAGAGAAUUUGCAACAAAUAUCUUCAUUAGACCACAAAAAGUCAAAGAUUAUGUAUACUUAUACUCUCAGCUAUCCAAGAAUGUUAAGAUUAUCGCACGCCAUUACUUCUGUUGCACUCCAGUUUUUUCACAAUUUCUUAUCUCGGAAGGAGUCCUUCCCGACUUCGAAGCGAGGCAGCUAUCAGCAAAUCUACCUAAUGCGAUGUCUCAAAGCUACUUAAACGUGUUUUCUGAGCUAAUAAACGGGGCAAAUUGCCAAGAGCUCAAACGGAUCGAAAAAGAGAUCAUUGAAACAUUCAUUGAUGAUGAUCCAGACAGAUUGAUCGAAAUUACGUCAAAAUCUGACUUCAAAUUAGAUACAGAGAUGCUUGAUGGAAAAAGAGCAGUUACAUUGAUACAUUUGGCCGCAAUGUACGGCGCUGUUAAUUGUUUUAAGUAUUUGUUGAUGAAUAAUCCAAAAUUAGAAGAAAUUGCAAAUUUUGCCGUUGUUGGUGGAAAUAAAGAGAUUAUAAGAAUACUCAUGCAAUCAGGAGUCAAGUUCGAUCAGUCUGCAAUCACAGCUUUGUAUUUCCGAAGAGAUGAAUUAUUUGAUUGGAUAAAAUCCGAAUUUUCUGAAGAAACUCAAGAUGAUCCGAAUAAUAUCGCAUAUGCAAUAACAGAUACAUUGUCAAUAAGAGCUAUUUACGCUUUAACUUUGACAAACGAACUUAUUAUUUCGAAUGACUGGUUAUCUGCGUUCGUUUUAGAUAGAAUGGUCGAUUGGUGCAGGGAAUUAUCAAAGAACUGCAUGUUUUUGAACUCUUUGUUCUUUACUUUGACAGAUGAAGAAAUUCUUAACAAUUUACUUGAGAAAACAACUAAUUCUUACUUCGGAAUGUUGUUUGCUGAAGCUGUUAAGACAGGUUACGCAUUCCAUCUCCGAGUUUUAGUUCAUCAUCUGAAUUUUGACUUUUUUGAAAUGGAAAAGGGCAUGUUGAACUCAAUAAAGAAGAAAUUCCCAGACAUUCAUGAUGAAAUACAAGCUAUAACUCAUGCUGUUGUCUCUCCAGAGAAAGCUUAUCUUAUUUUCACUCAUGGACUGCCAAUUAGUGAAGAUAUGGCCUUCGAAGUAAUGAAGUAUUGCAUAAAGGUUAACGACGCGUUCUCUUUUAUGUCUCUUGCUGACAAAUUUCAAAAUAUUAAUUUAUCAAUUGAACAAUUGAUCGAAUUACUCCAACUUUCAUCUAUUACAUGGCUAUAUGUUGCAUCAGAAGUCUCCACAAGGCAGCUCGAUCCAUCCGUUUACGUUCUUUUAGUCAGAUAUUACUAUUCUUCUAUUGAUAAUAGUCUUCUUCCACCGAAAAUCGCCGACAUCAUUCUCAAAAGUCCAGAGUUGAUGGAAAAACUCACUCCUUAUGACUGUAUCAACUUGUUUAUGAUGGUUCGAGAGGAAAUUCAGGACUUUUCUCCACUGAUUUCGCUUUUUAAGAAGUUUAAGUUCAUCACUGAAGACAAUCCUAUUACAAAUGGCCAGCCAAUCAGCGAUAUAAGGACAAUUAUUCUAAAUUCUCCAAGAAUUAACGAAUUGAUCCAAGAAGACAUCGAAGGAUUCGUUAAUGUCAUACCAUCCAACCCAGUAUUCCUCAAGAAAGUCGUUGGAAUCGAAGUUUCAAAAGAAUUUUUCGAUAAAGUUCUUUUCAUUUUCAUUAAGUUCUUCGGAAUAACCACAGCAGAUUCCCUAUAUUGUAAGAUGAAAUUCUACGAGGAAAGCCAAGCUCCGCCAGAAACGCAAAAAAUCCAAAAAUUAUACUUCAAUUUCCUCACAAAUCCAGUUAACAAGAAGCAUAUUAACAUCAAGGAACUCUGUAAGUCAAGACUCAACGCUUCUUUCAUCAAAUUACUGGAAUAUUCCGAUGAAGAAUUUCAAUAUCUCAAAAAUGUUGAUUUCAUGAAGGGCCAGUUGAUGCACAAUCCAAAGAAUGCAAGAUUCUUUACCAUUCCACAGAUAUUAAAGAAUCCAAAUCCUCAUGAAAUCGUAAAUGCUUUAUUAAGUAUUCCUUUGACUCCAGAACAGAUUCCUUUGAUCGAGAACUCGAACUUUAUGAACAUUUCGGAACGAGUUUUCGCCAAACGUACAUCAGCAAAAAUGAAAAAUUUAUAUCGAAAAGUUUUCAUAAGAGAUGAGAUCUGUAAUGGCUUCACAACACGUACACUCCUUACUCACCUCUUGGCAACAAGCGUUUUCGAUGAAAUUUACUGCAAAAUGCUGAAUUCCCUUCUUUCUAGGAAUUUAACGGCCAAAGAGAAAGCAGAUAUCUUUAUCAGCAUCCCAACAGAAAAGAAAGCUAUCGAUUACGUACUUUCUCGAAGAGAUACGAUCAAUAAUUCCUGUUUAAUCAUAUAUUCCAUAAGAAUAGGAAGUCAGCUUGUAGAGAAAGGUACUCCUAUCGAAGAUUCUUACUUCAUCCAGAUGUUCUGUACACGAGAGAAGAUUAAUUAUGAAAAUUUGUUCGAAUACAAAGUUUCUAGAUCGGCUAUUGCCAAUGCAUUGAUGAGAGCGAUCGAAAGCAAGAACAUCGAUGCCAUGAACUUCUUGAUAUCCAAAGGAACACCAGUUAAUAUUAUCAUUCACUCAGUCACUCCUCUUCAAACAGCUAUUGGUAGCCAAUUUGUCGAAGGUGUAAAGGUUCUUCUGAGUCGUGGUGCUUCCAUUGGCUUCAACGGACUUCGAACAUCUGCUAAAGCAGCAGAAUCUUCUCAAAAUUUGGAGAUUGUGAAGCUUAUUUGCAGCAGAGCCGAUGUCCAAUACGAAUCGCACUUCGAAAGCAUCAGAUCCAUCCAUAUACCUGUCUCACAAAAGUCUGUAGAAGUCAAUCAAGAUAUGGAUAUCUUCAAACUUGUCAAUUUUCCACCAAAAAGUGACUUUGACGAUAUAAAAAGUGACAGUCUACGAAUUGACAACAUCUUUGACUUCACAGUUGGCAUUGAUUUCCGGGAAGUUCUUACAGGACACAAAAAUAUUUCAGAAAUCAAGAAUUUUGUUGAAGGAUCAUUGAAAAUCUGCAAAACAUAUGAUUUGGCAUUUAAGAUCAUUACUAUGUUCACUCCUUAUGAUCUUCGAACACUUGAGCCAUUCCUUCCUUUCCAUAUUAAUCGAAUCAACAAAAUUCCACCUGAAAUUAAAAACGAAAUUUGGGGAAUCAUCGAAAAUUUCAUUUCUAAGAGCUCACCAACAUUCAAAGCUGUUUAUUCUGUCAUCACAGGCAAAGAUCUCAUUGAACCAAUUCCAAACCUUUCUUCUUUACUCUUCAUUGCAACAAGAAUUGGAAAUUUGUCAAUUCUUCAGUCACUUUUUGACAAAGGAGCAGAUAUUAAUAGUGUUGAAGGAUAUUAUCAACUCUUUUCACCAGCAUUGGAAGCAAUUGGUAAAGACAGAUCAGAUAUCCUUGAAUUGUUCAUUGCAAACAAAUUAAAUGUUGAUCAAAUAUAUUCAACAGAUAAUUUCACAUUGAUCAAUGCAUCAAUUGAAUAUAAUUCAGUGAAAUGCUUUGAUCUUUUGAUCGACAAAGUUUGUCUUCAACAUGUUGUUGUUCAAACACCGAUGAUGGCUGCGUUGAAAUUAUUCGAACAAACGAUGAAUGAUUAUUUCAUCAACAAACUUCUUGAUAAAAUUGAUAUCGAACAUGAACUCAUUGUUGAUGAAUCAUUCGAAUACUUUUUGGAGUUUCGUUCAGGAAAAAUCACUGAAUUUCAAUAUUUGGGUGAAGAAAGACCUGCAUUCACAAUCAACCAAAAUGUAAACAAUCCAUUUGGUGGUCGGUUCCGAAAUCUUGUCAAUCAGAAUGACCAACGAAUUGAAGAAGACAUCAACAACUCAGACAUUGUUCAGAAGAAGCUUGCAUACGAUCUGUUCUCUCGUUCGCAUUUCAAAGGUUUCGACACAGGAAAACAGCGCUAUAUUGAAGAUAUCACACCAGAAGAAGAACUUAUGAAUGAAUAUAAUAAUACUUUGUAA